CCUUUAUCAAAUACUUUCUAAUCUAUGUUUUUGCUUACUAUAGAUCCUGUUACUCAUAACCUUAUCACCCCUUUUGGUUAAAGUGUAAACCAGAUUUUUCACUACUUUCAUAAAGACUUGAUUUUAAAAUGUUAAGCUCAAGUAUAACGAAUGGGGAACUAUAGUGUGAUAGCCACAAAGAGUCUCAACUACAGCACUAUUGAUAUUAUGGACCCUAUAAUUCUUUGGGGUUGUUGCUAGGGUUGUGCUGUGCAUUGUAGGAUGUUUAAUAGCAUCUCCGCCCUCUGCCUGUUAGAUGCCAGGAAGGCCCCCAACCCCCACCCCCAUCCAGACAUUGCCAAAUGUUCCCUAGGAAGAAACUCACUCUUCAUUGAGAACCACUGGUUUAUUACAUGUGUAUCAUUUACUUUAGGCCCUGAACUAUAGUUGAUGAAAUAUUUAGAUUCCGUAGAACCAGUGAAAGUGAUAAUUCUUACUGUAACAGUGAAGUGAUAUUAUUGCUUUAAUAGGCAAAUAUUAAUUGGAUUUACUCAUUGUAAAUUGAGAUUUUAGGUGGAAGCUAAAAAGGCAGAAAAGUUUUUUUCUUUCCCUGACUGAACGGAAAGAAGUUGAAUUAGUUAAGUUUCUAAUAUUGACUACCAAGAUCAUAAGCAUAUUUAAAUUAUUGUUUAAAGGAGUUGGUGAUGAUAUGUUGGAGAUUUAGAGACCCAAGGCAGUGCACCUGGAAGUUAAGACUCAGUCCAGGCAAACAUUUGAAUUUAACAUCCCACGUCUGGCAAGAGCCGAGCAUGGCUCUGCUGUCUUACUUAGAGGAGCAGGAAUUCUCAGAGAAGCCUGUCUUCUGAUGACAGCUCUCCAGCCCCCCAGCUGGUCGUCCAGGCAGGACUCCAGUCCCUCAGCACGGAGAGACUGGUAAGAGCCAGUAGUAUUUUAGGUAGAGGGAUGUUCCCAGAACAAAGACUCUGACAAGGUGUGACAGUGGAGGUCUGGUUUUCCAUCCUGGGUUUCUGGGGGAACAAAUUGGAAACUGGUUAUCUGAAGUGGUGCUCAAUGGCUAGCAGCAGGGUACAUCCCAAGAUGUGGGGGGAGAGAGGUGUUCCUCCAACUUGCCUGGCUAGGAGAAUGCCCUGGGGCAAACUAAAAAUAAAGAAUCCUAACUGACCUUGAGCCUACUGAAUCAGAAUAUUCAGAAAAGGAGCCCAGGAAUCUUCAUGUUUUACAAGCAUGGCCUGUUUCUUGUUCCCAAAGCACUGUCCUUCCUGGGGUCUUAGCACUUGCUGUUCCAUCCAUAUGGAACACUCUUUCCCUGAUAGCUGCAUGGAAGGUUCACUUCAUGGGUGUAUGACCUGUGCAGUCACACAGGGCCCCGUGCUUAGAAGAGCCCUGCACUGCAAUUGAUGCCAACCUGAAAAAAGAAUUGUUUAAAGAUUUUAUUUAUUCGUUUGAGAGAGAAAACACGAACAGAGGGGAGAGGCAGAGAGAGAAGGAGAAGCAGACACCCCGCUGAGCAGGGAGCCUGAUGCAGGUCUCGAUACCGAGGACCUGGAGAUCACGACCUGAGCCGAAGGCAGCUGCUUAACCAUCUGAGCCACCCAGGGGCCCUGCCAUUUUGAAAUUUUUAAUACUUCGUGAACAAGGGCCCCACGUUUGCACUUUUCACCGGGCCCUGCAAAUUAUGUGGCUGACCUUGGCUAUGUGACUUGCUCCCUCACUGACUUCAAGUUCUUGCUUACAUGUCUCCUCCAUGAGGCCUUCCUGACUGUGCUCUGUCAAAUUACAGCCCUCCUCCUUUCCCCCUUCCCCUUGCCUGCCUUGUUUUCCCAACAGUGUUUAUUGUUCAUCUCAUUUUCCUUUUUUUUUUUUUUCCAGCUUCUAUCUUUUUGGUGAUACGUUAGUGAAUAAAUAGAAAUCUGUGCCCUCAUGGAGCUUAUAAUUUAGUCAGUGGAGACAGAAAGCAAACAAAAGAAAUAUGUUAUAUGUCAGGGAUUGACAAGCAAAAUGAAAGAAAAUUAAGCAGGGAGAGGAGAGAACGAGGGCUAGUGGAGGUGGCUGUAAUUUAAAAUGAUGUGACCACAAAGACCUCACAGAGAAGGAGGCAAAGGGGGUGGGUGGGGGGCAUGCAGAUAUCUGUGAAGAACAUUCCAGGCAGCAGGAACAGUGAGUGAUGCAAAGGCCCUGAGGUGGGAACAUAAUUGGCAAGUUCCAGGAAUAGUGUACCUGGCACUUAGAAUGCAAUAGGGUGGGGCGCCUGGGUGGCUCAGUUGGUUAAGCGACUGCCUUCGGCUCAGGUCAUGAUCCCGGAGUCCCAGGAUCGAGUCCCGCAUCGGGCUCCCUGCUCAGCGAGGAGCCUGCUUCUCCCUCUGACCUUCCCCCACUCAUGUACUCUCUCUCUCUCAUUCUCGCUCUCUCAAAAUAAAUAAAUAAAUCUUUAAAAAAAAAAAAAGAAAGAAUGCAAUAGGGUGUAUUUGGACCACAUCAUUUCGGGUCUUGAAAGCCGUUGUAAGAACUUUGGUUCUUUCUCUGAGUGAGCUGGAACGUGUUGGAGGAAUUUGAACAGAAGAAUGGCGUGAUCUGAUUUGGAUCCCUCUGGCUGCGGCUUUGAGCACACACUGUAGCGGGGCGAGUGCCAAGGCAGCGAGACCAGAAGGAUGAAGGCUUUGUAAUAAUGCAGAUGGAGCAGAUUAAAAGGGCAAAUAAACUGUUUACCAGUGACUGUAUAUUUCUGAAGAAAACUUUGAACAUCCCAGUUAUAUCAGAGAAGGCUCUGUUGUUUAAUGGACUUAACUCAAUAGAUUCUUCAGAAAAUGAAACUGUUGGUAGCAGUUUUUCUCAUGAAGAAGAGCCGGUAGCAGCUGGGGAAGACCUUUCUCCUCCCAGUCCUCAAGAAUCCAAUGUUCAGCCCAUACAGCCUGAAGAAGUGUCAGCUAGAGAUUUCCUGCAGAGACUAGACUUGCAGAUUAAGUUGUCAACGCAGGCAGCCAAGAAACUAAAAGAAGAGAGCAGAGAUGAAGAAAGCCCCUAUGCAACUUCCCUCUAUCACAGUUAGAUAAUCAGGGGUGAUAAUCUAACCUGGAUUAAGAGAUGGUUGAAUCAUAAAGAAACCAACAACUGAAGAUUCAAAAGCAUACAUCGUUAAAUCACAAUUUAGUAGUUCUACCUACUGCAAUUGCACUGAAGUGAUUAUUUCCCUCUGGCUUUCUAUAAUUUUAGGUCUUUAUUAUGGCAUGAGAGCAAAAUUGUAUCCUAAAGCCCAUCACUUUUGUAGGUGAUGGUAGUUUUUAGACUAGUUUUGUAAAUACUAGUUAACAUAAAGCAUCAAAGACUAUAUACAUAUUCAAGCUGAAAAUGAUGUUGAUCUUCUGAGAAAUCAUAAUUAUGUGAAAUACAUGGUUGCUGUUUAAGUGAUACUGAUUUUGCUAUGUGUUUAUAACUUAAGUGCUAUAUAUAUAUAUUUCGAUAUGUAUUACAUAUUCUGUAUUAAUAUAAAGAACCAAAUUUUGUCUGCUAUUUUGUAAAAAUAAACUACAAAAGCCUGAAUGAGAAAAUAAACUAUGUUUUCAUAUU